UCUGCCUAUGUGUGUAUUUUAGCUGCAGCUCUGCCUCAGCUGCUCUCACUCUGCUUACUUACUAAUCCGAGCACAAACAUGGCUGCUAACCGAGUGAUCGUUUACGGCGGUAGAGGAGCUCUGGGCUCAAAGUGUGUCCAGCACUUCAAAUCCAAAGGAUGGUGGGUCGCUUCCAUCGACAUGGCUGCAAACGAGGAGGCUAACGAGAACGUGAUUGUGAAGUUGUGUGAAUCUUUCACGGAGCAGGCAGGACAGGUGACGACUGAUGUGGCCCAGUUGCUAGGGGAACAGAAAGUGGAUGCCAUCUUGUGCGUGGCGGGAGGAUGGGCUGGAGGAAGCUGCAGUUCCAAAGAUUUAUACAAAAACACAGAUCUGAUGUGGAAGCAGAGCGUGUGGACCUCCACUAUCUCCAGCCACCUUGCUGCUCAGCACCUAAAAACAGACGGACUGUUGACCUUGGCCGGGGCCAAAGCAGCCCUGUCGGGCACCGGAGGCAUGGUUGGCUAUGGCAUGGCCAAAGCUGCUGUCCACCAGCUGUGUCAGAGCCUCGCAGCAAAAAACAGCGGGAUGCCAUCAGGAGCCGCUGCUGUGGCUAUACUACCGGUUACCUUGGAUACGCCAAUGAACAGGAAGUUCAUGCCUGACGCAGACUUCGGCUCCUGGACACCGCUGGAGUACAUUGCAGAAAUGUUCUUCAACUGGGCCACAGGAGUGGACCGGCCGGCUUCAGGAAGCCUGAUGCAGCUGGUGACCUCCGGAGGUGAAACUCAGGCUGGGGUUGCGCAGUAGAGGAGUGGAGCUGUGGAGACGGUGAUGGGGGUUAGGAGGGAGAGAGCGGGAGAGAUGAGGAGAUGGAGAAGCCCAGAGAUAGAGCCUGGGAGAGAGGGGAGGAGGUUGGAGAGAUAGAAGGAGGAGUGAUAAAGAGGUGAAGUAGAGAGGUGGUGACGGAGGGGAGCUGGAUAACGUAAGGAGGUGGAGAGGAGACGGCCAGAUGGGUUCGUUUGGAUGGGGGCUCUUAUUGCAAAUGCAGCCUCGGAGCGCCAUCUAGCUGUAAAGCCCUGAAAUGAUCCCACUCUCACAGUCACAGUUAGAUCUGCAGUGAUGGUACAGACACACACUCUCCAUUCUUGCAGAACAAAUUUUGAAGACUUAUUCAAAGUAUUCUGUCAAAGAUCAGUGAAGUGUGUUAAAUAGGAAAUAUUUCAAAUCAAAAUGUAUGUGGCUCUUUUUUUUCGGUUGAAGCUAUCACUGAUAAAGAUGCAUAUAUAAUUGGUUAUACCACACCAUUAUAAUUCUCUGUCACCGCAGUGUUGUUACGGUAAUUAUAAUGGAGAAAAUUGCUGAAAACCAAUGAGCUGUUUUGCACCCUUCCUCCAAAAAGCAUAGCAACUUCAUACCUUCAGUACUAGCUAUUUUACAACAUCUGAGAAAUCCAACACUUACCGUGUCACAUGUGAGAUCUGUAGACCUUUAUUGUUUGUCCUGUAUCUCGUCCCUGAUGGUUUUCUGCCUGCAGCAAAAAAAACAACAACUCAAAGUCAAAGAAAGCCGCUGUCUUCUUCUCUCAAACGGACAAUACGUGUAAAGUGGAGUGGCCUUAUUUUAUGUUCGUAGCUAUCAAGUCAAAGUGUCCUUGGUGUCCGUGGUUGUGAAAAAAAAAAUGGUGCUCUGUUCCUGUUGUGGGUUUUCUAAGUCGUGUAUUGUAACUGUGUCAAAUUCACAAUAAAAAGAGUCAAACUUAAAGAUCA